AUGGAUCGCAUAGAUUGCUGCCGAGCCUUGUCAGCUGCAGUUAUCCUGGUAUGCGGUCUUAGCGUGUCCAAUGUCAAGCAGCUGGCUUGCUCAGAGAUGACAGUCCUGCGGGACUGUGUGGAUGCAAUGCAGGAUUUGUCUGUGUGGACCGAGAUUUGCGAUUUAUUGUACUGGUGGAAAUGUGUACUUACAUUGUGCAUAGAAGCUUUCUCCCGUGCAGAUGUGGAGACCGGAAACUUUCCCUGGCCAGCCAAGCUCCCCCAGCUGGCGGUCUUCGAAAAGGCAAAACCCGAUCGUCUGCCUGUGGCCAAACUGUUGGAAAGAUGGACGAUGGAGCAAGAGCAGCUCCUGUUCUGUCGUUUCAAUUCAAGCGUUGAACUUGUGCGGAAGCUCUUGGACAAUCUUCCGGAUGUAGAAGAGGUACGCAUUCGCCUGGAAUUGCUUCAUGUGCAUAUGACCGACAUGAUGAUCUACAUGCACGAGCACAUCCAGCUUCGCUCUAUGUCGGUGCUUACGCCUGCUGAGAAACUGGAGCUUCAGGAAUUGAUGGAGAAUUUCUUGGCCGGAAUGAUGUUGGCGCGAUGGUUCGGGCUGUCUGUGUGGACUGAGGCGUGCAAUGACAUAACUCGAGAUCCUGCUUUGAUUCAUCUCGCUAUAGCUGCAGCAGAGAUUGCGAUGAAGCGACCUGCAGCAGCACAUGGUGGCAAGAUGAAAGCCCCCAAGGCCAUGAAGACGAUGAAAGCCGCCAAGGCCAUGAAGACGGUGAAAGCCGCCAAGGCCAUGAAGACGAUGAAAGCCACCAAGGCCAUGAAGACGACCAAGGCCAUGAAGACGAUGAAAGCCACAGAGGCCAUGAAGUCGAUGAAAGCCACCAAGGCCAUGAAGUCGGCCAUCAAGAAGCCCUCAAUGGCUCAAGUGCAGAGCGAUUCGGAUGCAGACACUUCGGAUGCAGACCCGCACUUGUUGAAGAACAUCAAGGACGGACAGCCAUGGCCCGAGAAAACUGGCUUAGACAUUGUGCUCGAGGACAUGCAGAUUCAGCAGCGCAGGGAAGCCAAUUUGGAGAAGCUUCGUGCGAGAAUUGCACGCGGUUGGGAUGAAGAGUCAUCCUAG